AAGCAUGCGCAAUGCUCCUAGGUUGCGCAGUGGAUCCACUGUCGCGCACGCGUUCUGCACCCGCCGUUCUCCGGUGCGCACUGCGUUCACGCAUGCGCCUGUGUGGACGUCGGUGCUCGCGCUGUCCCGUUAUUCCAGGUUUCUUUAGAGCAGCACGGCUGACUCUGCGGUCCAAGAUGUCCGAGCUGCCCGCAGACAUCACUGUCCUGCAGACAGACAAGGCGAGUGGUGACGGAGACGUCCGGCAGAAGGAGGUAGGCUGCGGGAGCCCGGAGCUGACCGCAGCGCAGACUGAGGAACGCACCGAAAGCUCGAGGGCAGAGGCUGCGGCUCCGGAAAGACAGAUGGAGGCAGCUCCGGAAAGCGCAGUGGCGGCGGCUCCUGAAAGCCCGAUCGAGGCGGCUGCGGAAAGCGCAGUAGCGACGGCUCCUGAAAGCCGGAUCGAGGCGGCUGCGGAAAGCGCGAUGGAUGCCGCUCGGGAAAGCGUGAUCGAGGCGGCUGCUGAAAGCGCGAUGGAUGCGGCUCCGGAAAGCUCGGUGGCGGCGGCUCCUGAAAGCCCGAUCGAGACGGCUGGGGAAAGCGCGAUGGAGGUAGCUCCGGAAGGCGCGGUGGCGGCGGCUCCUGAAAGCCGGAUCGAGGCGGCUGGGGAAAGCGCGAUGGAGGUAGCUCCGGAAGGCGCGGUGGCGGCGGCUCCUGAAAGCCGGAUCGAGGCGGCUGGGGAAAGCGCGAUGGAGGUAGCUCCGGAAGGCGCGCUGGCGGCGGCUCCUGAAAGCCGGAUCCAGGCGGCUGGGGAAAGCGCGAUGGAGGCGGCUCCUGAAAGUUCGAUCGGUGCGGCUGCGGAAAGCCAGAUGGAGGCGGCUGCGGAAAACGCAAUGGAGGUAGCUCCGGAAAGCGUGGUGGCGGCAGCUCCAGAAAGCCGGAUGGAGGCGGCUGGGGAAAGCCCUAUUGAGGCGGUUGGGGAAAGCGCGAUGGAGGCGGCUCCUGAAAGCCUGAUUGGUGCGGCUCCGGAAAGCCCGAUGGAGGCGGCUGCGGAAAGCGCGGGGGCGGCGGCUCCGGAAAGCCCGGUGGCUGCGGCCGGUGAGGGCCCAGGGGCGGCGGCCCCAGAGGGCCUUAUGGCGGCGGCCAGAGAAAACCGGGGGGCGGCGGCCAGGGCAGGCCCAGUGGCCAGAGAAAGCCCGGCGGCAGCGGCCAGGGAUCCCCGGGUGGCAGAGGUCGCCCGAUUGUUCGGGGAACCAGUGGAUGAAGAGGUUCCCGAGGCCAGGCCCAGGUCCAGGCACGGGAACGCUGGAAGCCUGGCUGCGUUACCGUAUCUUCGCCUCCGUCACCCACUUAGCAUUUUAGGAAUUAAUUACCACCAGUUUCUCCGUCAUUAUCUGGAAAAUUACCCGAUUGCUCCCGGCAGAAUCCAGGAGCUUGAAGAACGCCGCAGGCGAUUUGUGGAAGCCUGCAGAGCAAGGGAAGCAGCCUUUGAUGCCGAAUAUCAUCGUAAUCCUCAGAGGAUAGAUUUUGAUAUUUUAACAUUCACUAUAGCUCUGACUGCCUCUGAAGUUAUCAAUCCUCUGAUAGAAGAACUUGGUUGUGAUAAAUUUAUCAAUAGAGAUUAAGUGAUGAGACUACAAGAGAAUCUCUGCAUUCAAGACAGUCUAGCCAAUCCUGUAACUUGAUGUUAAGAAGUCAGAGUAUAGUGAGAAUAAGGCGAUGUACAGUUUUUAAAAAAAAAAAGGCUUAUCACAAAAAAAAAGCAUCACAAUAGAAAUAGAAAACAUGUCGAAAGCAUUAUAACACUUAUGUAACGUUCUUUGAAUUUGUAAUUGAUCCACAUUCUUUUCCCUGCCUUAUGGAAAAUGUCUAUCAACAUUGCUUUAUUAAAGAGCAAAGAAUGGGGCGGCGCCUGUGGCUCAGUGAGCAGGGCGCCGGCCCCAUAUACGGAGGGUGGCGGGUUCAAACCUGGCCCCGGCCAAACUGCAACAACAACAAAAAAAUAGCCGGGCGUUGUGGCGGGCGCCUGUA